AUGAUUCUUUCAGCGGAUUUUCUGUCUGUGCUAGAGGGUAUUGGGGUUGUGAAUUCUAGCGCGCAUACUGCUGUGGGGGAUAAUGAUAGUGCGUUCAGGCACUGCCUGCGCUGUCACCAACCGUAUAUGGAACGUGAUAACGGACCCCGUUCCUGCGCUAUUCCCCACACUGCAACGUAUAAUUCAUACUGGAAUGGAAGUAGUCCUACCGCAGUCGUUAGCUGUGGGGCUGCUCUAACCAUGAACGCCACACUGGCAUCAGUCCAUUUCACGGGACAUCGUACGAUGUCCCUGGAGAACGUGGAAUAUAACCCAAUCAGUGCCAAUACGUGCUGA